AUGGCGGAGGGUGGUGAGACACGCGUGAUAAAAAAUGCACCGGGUAUUUUAAAAGCCGAUGUCUGGGAUCAUUUCGGCUUCUAUGAACAUGCUGGUAAGCACGAACUGGACAAGACACACGCUGUGUGUAAAGCAUGUCGUGCACAAAUAAAGUAUUUAGGCAAUACAACUAAUUUAAGAAACCACGUUAACCGUUUUCACCCGGAGCUGCUAAAGGAUGCAAGUGGCAAGGCUGCCAGCGCAAAGACAGACCCAACUCAGCAGAAAAUUGAUCAAGCAUUAUCAACUUUGCCAUUGAACUCUGAGAAAGCGAAGAGAAUAAACAGAUCUGUGGCAUCUUUCAUUGCAAAGGAUUUACGGCCCUAUUCUGUAGUGGAAAACAUCGGGUUUCGUCACCUGAUAAAGACGCUGGAGCCGCGCUAUAAGCUUCCGUCACGCAGCCACUUUGCAGAAACAGUCAUACCCGAACUGUACAACGAAGCCAAAGUUCAGGUAAUGUCAUCAAUGAGCCAAGCUAUUCGUGUAGCAAUAACGUGUGAUUCCUGGACUUCGGUAGCGACCGAGUCUUACGUAACAAUAACGUCGCAUUACAUUAGCCAGGACUGGAACAUUUUAUCACAUGUGCUGCAAACUAGAGCUGUUUACGAGUCUCACACGGGUGCUCAUCUGGCUGAGCUUCUUUCUCAGGUUGUGGGAGAAUGGCAGCUAUCGGAUAAAGAUGUAGUACUUGUGACAGACAAUGCGUCAAAUAUGAUCGUUGCAGCGCAAGUCGGAAAAUUCUCGCAUGUCAAAUGCUUCGCCCAUACGCUAAAUCUCGCGUGCCAGCGGGCGCUUAAAGGGGCCACGCUCUCCAGGCUUCUGGGCAGAGUAAGACGAAUAUCAUCAUUCUUCCACCGUAGCACCACAGCGAGCCACUCCCUGAAAGUGAAACAGCAAUGUUUGGGACUUAGCAAUCAUAAGCUGAUUACUGAUGUUGCAACAAGGUGGAACAGUGCAUUUGAUAUGCUCGAUAGGUUCUUGGAACAACAACCAGCAAUCUGUGCCACCUUGCUCUCUCCAGAAGUCAGAAAAGGGGAGUCAGACCUGUUCACUCUGACUGACACAGAUGUGACAAAUGCAGAGGAUGCUGUGAAUGCAUUAAAGCCAAUGAAGGAUGCGACCACACUGAUGUCAGAAGAGAAAAAUCCAACAGUGUCUCUCAUUGCUCCUCUAAAUGCACAACUCAUCCAGAAUAUGGCAGACACCACUGGAGACUCACCUUUGGUCCGUGAGAUCAAAAAUGCAAUUAAAACAGAUCUUAUGAAGAGGUACAACAGUGAGGCAGAGAAGAAGGUUCUUUAUACAGCCUCUGCUCUAGAUCCCCGGUUUAAGGGAAUGCCUUUUCUCACCGAGCAGGAAAAACUGGAGAUAUACAGAGGAGUGAUUGUGGAGGCUGCAUCUUUGGAGAAUGAGUGUACACCUAGCAGAACAGAAGUGUGUGAUGCGCCUGGAAGAACAGGAACCCUGGAAGAAGAAACACCCAUGGGGGACUGCCCCUCUGCUCCCAAACGAAAGGCCUCGUCGCUGCUUGUGAGUUUGCUGGGACAGUCUUUCACUGACACUGAAGGUACAGUUGAACCCAAGACUCAUUAUGCCAGGGCUGAAGAAGAAAUGGAGGCAUACUGUAAAGCUCCAUCUCUGCCUCUCACUGAGGACCCUUUAAGCUGGUGGCGUGUCCAUGAGGUCACAUUUCCUCUCCUUUCUCGGCUCUCUAAGCGGUACUUGUGUAUCCCAGGCACAAGCGUAUCUGCAGAGCGUGUUUUCUCCACUGCAGGAGAUGUGGUCACGGCUAAAAGAAGCACACUCAAACCAGAGCAUGUAGAUCAAUUAGUGUUCUUGCAGAAAAACCUACAAAUUCCUAAAUGCUAAGCACUGUUUCAAGUGUUUUGAUGUUUGGCACAUUCAGGAAGUGCACUGUGUUAUUAUUUUACAUUUUAUGUAUUUUACAGUAUUAUGUGUGCAGAGUGUUUUGUUUUUGUUUAUUUUGGUUUAUACUUUAAAUUAAUGUUUAUACAUUUGUCAACAUUUAAAUAUUUUAUGAAGAAGUACACUGCACUUUACUGUUUAUAAGUACUUAAAAACACUAAUUGACAGUUUUAUGCACUUUUAGUUUUUCCUAAUGUUUUAGGUUUAAAUGCUGCUGUUGUCUGCUGUUUACAGAACAAGUUUGUCUUGUUUCCUAUUAAGCAGUAUAAUUUAGUAUACUUCUUGAAGAAAACUAAAUAAAAAGGAGUUCACAUACUGUAUCUGACUUCUUACAUUCAUCAAUAUAAAUGUAGCAAUGUGGAGUAGUAAAAAAAGGAUGCAAUGCAUCGUGAUGCAUCAUGAUGCAUCGUAACAUCGAAUUGAAUCGAAUCGUUAACUUAAUAAUCGGAAUCGAAUCGAAUCGAGGAACCAG